AUGAGACAAGCUGGUGCAUAUUCAGGGUUACUGUGUGGUGGAAUAUCAGGAAGGACAGGACCACACUCUCUACCAUUGGCAAGGAUCAAGAAGAUCAUGAAGAAAUCUGGGGAGGAUGUUAAAAUGAUAUCAGGUGAGGCUCCUAUUGUUUUUUCCAAGGCUUGUGAACACUUCAUUGAGGAGCUUACUAGAAGGUCUUGGAUUAUGGCUAUCCAAGGCAAAAGGAGAACUUUGCACAAAGAAGAUGUGACCUCUGCUGUUAUAGCCACUGAUAUCUUUGACUUUUUGAUCACUUUGGUUUCCAAUUCUGGCAGCCAUGCACUUGGUGUCCCCUCUAAUUUGGAGAUGGAAACUAUAGAUUACUCUUAA